AUGUUAAUAUGGUGGCAGCGCCUAUCCGUACGACCCUCGACGCAUGCGCCGCUCCCUAGAUCGAGAAUCGAGCCCCUGUGGUACACACGACAACGGGUCCUGGGAAGAGUCAUUGGCAGGAAAUUGUUGACGACGCAGGCGGCGGCGGUACAGCAGGACAUUCUGCCUCCGUCAACUAGUAGCAAUGAGAGCUCUGGUUUUAUAGUAAGGAGGGUAUCGAGGGGGAAUAGGGCGCAGGGCAAUGAGGAGCUCAAUCAGGACGGUGCUGGCCGGCACAAGAAGGCGAAGCGGGGUGGGCAGAAAAUCACGGCUGCGAAGCAUAAGAGGGCUGCUGCUGCGGCGGCUGCUGGAGCAACGCACGGCUCACUACACCAGCACCACAACCACACGCACUCGAACAGCGCGACGCCAAUUCCUUCGAGGCGAAACGCGAGGUCGAAGGCUGCUAGCAAACGGGACCAGGUCGCUGAAAACAUGCACUCGCCCCCGAGAAAGAGAGCACGGAUGGGGAUGGUCGAGGACGAGACGAUGCUUCCGCUGCCUACACCCAAAGACUACCCUCUAGCACCCACAAAGCUUUUUAGCGCCAACCUUGACACGUGGCAAAAAGCGACAGAGGGCAGGAUAGAGACCGAUCAUCAGUUGAACAGGUUGCCGAAGCCCGAUGGUGGAUUUGAGUAUUCUGUUACCUGCCGGGUCUAUGGCUCUGACUUCGACCCUGCGGUUGAGACAGCUGUUGGGCGGGACAAGAAUGCAAGAAAAGCCGAACAAAUCGCAACCCGUCGUCUACUCGGCCAACUGCACGCGAAGGGCCUGCUUGCGGAACUUUAUCUAGGUGACAACGCGCAACCUACUAAGGAACUCGGCGCUCUGUCGGACGUGUACAACUAUUGCGCCCGAACUCUCGACAUUCCGACUAUCGAAAUCAAACACAUCCCCGCGUUGAAUCGGAGGAAGCGGUAUGUGAGAGUUACCAUUGCCCAUCCUUCAGAGGACAAUAUUUGCGUUCACGCCACACGCACAUCUCUCAAAGUCGCCCUAAAUGCUGCGUCUGUUCAAUUUAAGCGAGCUGCGGAGCAACAGCAUGCUGCGCAAGGAGCGACUCCCUUGAUUGUCAGGGACUCUACUGCGCUUACCGAGGAGACUGCGAAGCCUUUCAUGGAGUUCUACAAGCAGACUCGCCGUAGCUAUUACGAAGUCAGGUCUGAGAGAAUCGUCAGGUACGAUGGACACCAAAUCGACGAGGCCUGGAAAUCACAAACAUAUAUUGCACAGGAGCCUGCUGGAGAGCCAGCCAUGUCGCUUGGCAAGAAGGAAGCCAGCGAAGCGCUUGCCCUGCUCACUGCAGCGGUUGCCCUGUCGAAGCAGAACCCGGAGGUAUAUGAGCAAUUUCAAAAGAUGAAGAGGACCAGUACUGGCAAGGUGCUUAGCCCGGUACGGACUGUAGAACUGGACAUUCCUGAAGAUGCUGAAGAGGUCAUGCGGAAGGCGGCUAGAGAAGUGCGCGACAACACCAUUUUCUCCAAGGAUAGACCGAAGAUGGCGCAGCAGGCCGUGGAAGAGGCGGACCAUCGUCCGCGGAGGAGCCUGGAUCCUUCCAUGAACGAAGCUCGCAGUGCUGAAAUGAAGGAGCAACUUGCGGCCUUCAAUGAGAACCCGUCGCUUGGUCCUUUGAGGAGCAAGAAGGAAAACCUCCCAAUGAAUCAGUAUCGUGAGAAGGUGCUGGAUCUCAUCGAGAACAACACCUACAGCAUCGUGGUCGGGGCAACCGGAAGUGGCAAGACGACACAGGUGCCGCAAAUCUUGCUGGAGAAGUCCAUCGAGGAGGGCGUCGGGGCUCAGACUAAUAUCAUUUGCACACAACCGCGUAGGAUUGCUGCAACGUCUGUGGCUCGUCGAGUCGCUGAUGAGCGCAAUGAACGACUUCAAGAGAGCAUUGGUUAUCAAGUCCGGUUUGACUCGAAGCUCCCUCGACACAACGGCAGCGUCACUUAUUGCACGACUGGCAUUCUGCUGGCUCAGCUGCAGAACUCUCCGGAUGAUAUUUUGGAUACUACGUCGCACAUAAUCAUCGACGAAGUUCACGAGCGAGACAUCAUCAUUGAUUACCUUAUGAUCACUUUGAAGAACCUCCUGGAAACUCGACGGCUCGAGAAUAAGUUCGUUCCCAAGGUUGUCUUGAUGAGCGCCACACUGGACACGGAGCUCUUUGCUAGCUACUUCAGGCAGCACAAGGAGGACGGCACAGUAGUUCCAUGUCCUUCGCUGAGUGUGCCCGGCCGCACCUUUCCUGUGAAGGAGAAAUAUCUGGACGACAUCAUGGGCGAGCUACGUUUGAAUUACGAAGCACAAGGCUUGAAUGCCGUCUUGAACCCCGACAGGGUUUCUCAGAACUACAUCGAGACUGAAUCUAAGUUCUCGUCGACGGCAUCUACAGAAGAUAACUUGGUAGCAGCUGCGCCCAUCGACUGGAAACGCGAUGCUGUCAACCCAGGCGACACGACGCAGGAGGAUGGCAUGGUUCCUGUUGGACUUGUCGCCGCUUCCAUAGCCCACCUGGCGCAGACGACCACGGAGGGUGCAAUUCUCGCUUUCCUACCAGGUCUGGACGAGAUAAAGAAGACUAGAGACCUUCUCACCACCCAGCCUCUUGGAGUGGACUUUUCCGAUCCCGCGCGCUUCAAGCAGUACCUAUUGCACUCCACGAUCCAGGGUCAGGAUGAUGUAUUCGCCCCGGUCCCACCUGGUUGUCGCAAGAUCAUUCUUGCCACAAAUAUUGCAGAGACGAGUGUCACUAUCCCUGAUGUACAGUAUGUUGUAGAUACCGGAAAGCUGAAGGAGAAGAGAUACGACCAGACCACGCGAAUUACUCAGUUGCUCACCACCUGGGUCAGCAAGUCCAAUUCAAGGCAGCGAGCAGGAAGAGCCGGUCGUGUGCAGAACGGAAACUACUAUGCGCUGUACUCUCAGGCUCGUUUCGGGGCUUUUAGAGCUAUUGGGCUGCCUGAAAUGCUGCGGUCUGACUUGCAGGAGGUUUGCUUGGGUGUCAUGGCACAGUCCAUCAAGACACCUGUGCGGGAGUUCUUAGCUGCGGCUAUCGAGCCUCCAUCAGCAGAAGCCGUCGACUCGUCAAUUGUGAAUCUGCAGGCCCUGGACGCAGUUACCGAAGAUGAAACACUCACGCCGCUCGGAAGAGUGCUCGCAUCUCUACCCGUCCAUCCAUCACUCGGCAAGAUGAUCCUGAUGGGCAUCCUGUUCCGCUGCUUCGACCCUAUGCUCAUCCUCAGCGCGUCCUCACAGGGCAGAUCGCUCUUCUUCAGCCCAAUCGACAACAAAAAAGCAGCCGACGACGCCCGCAAAGUCUUCGCCUCCGAGUCCAACAGCGACCACAUCGCCCUCAUCAACUGCUUCCGCAUCGCGCGCCAGCUCCGCGACCAGCAGGGCGAGUUCGCCCUGCAGCAAUUCGCGCAGAAGUACUUCAUGUCCAUCCCCACCUUCCUCGGCAUCGAGCGCACGAUGGGCGAGAUCGAAAGCAUCCUCGUCCAAGCCGGCCUAAUCCCCUUCACCGACCGCCGCGACCGCAACCGCUCGCAGAACGGCGAUCCGGCGCUCAACAAGAACUCCGGCAGCAUCCCGCUCAUGAAAGCGCUUAUCCUCGCCGGCGUGCACCCCAAUCUCGGCGUCGCGAUCAAUCCGCGCUUGCUGCAGACGCCCCACGAGGCCAACACGCUCAUCCAGCCCGGCUCGCUGAACUACAUGCGCGGGAAUAGGAUGGGCAGAUCCGAAGGCCUCGUGCGCGGCGCUAUGUUCGCGUUCAGCACGAUGGCUAAGAGCGCGGAUGGCAACACUAUCUUCCUGAAGGACUCGUCGGCCGUCACGCCGCUCAUGGCUGCGAUCUUUGGCAGCAAGACUGCCAUGCGCGAUGGCCGCGUGCUGAUGAUCGAUGACUGGCUGCCGCUGUAUAUCAAGCGCCCGGGUGGCUUCUAUAGUCACUCGUCGAACAUGGUUAUCGAAUUCUUCAGGGAGGCGCUAGAAACGGUGCUCGGCUCUGCGUUUUCGCGCAUCGCGAAGAAGGGGGAGGGGGAGCGGUAUCUGGCAGAUGACCCGGUGCUUGAGAAGUUUGCGGACCGGUUUGUGGAUGUGUUGGGUAGGGAUGUAUCUGGUGGGGAGGUGUUUCAGAGGGGGGAGAAGAGGGAGGAGCCGGAGUUCAAGAUUCGUGGGGCGGCGGCGAGUAUGGCGGAGGGGCGUGGUCGGAAGAGGGAUAGUGGGAGGAUGAAUUGAGGGGGUGGGCUGGGGCUUCGGACGGUGUUUGGACUGCAAACGGAACGCUGGCAUAGCGGCUUUCUUGGGGGCUGUAUGAUAUAGACUGAUUGCAUUGUAUAAGAACUGUAAUUCUACUGUAUAUACUCUUAUGAUGGUUGGAGGGUAGUGCGUUAUGCGAAAGACUCUCAUGCCGGCGCCGAAAUAUUAAAACUAGAUGUCGAAGUUUC